GGUGAUGACAGCGACACAUCCUCACCAAAAUAGCCAAACAACUGUGUGUGUGUGUGUGUGUGAUGUCAGUGAAGUGGAGGAGGGCUGAAAGGCUCCAUCAGAGAUGAGUCUCCACAGUCUCCUCCUACGAUCCAGCAGCUGAUUGGCGUCUGCUACCUCUCCAGCAGUUAUUUAUUGGCAGCCUCCACCCCCCCACACACUCUGAACCGGAGCGGCAGAACCAGAGGAAGCGUCAGAGAGAGCGCCGGACGCACAGCCACCAGACACCAUGAAGAGCUCGCCGCCGCUGCUGCUGCUGCUGCUGCUGCUGCAGGUGACACUCGGGAGCGUCUGGAGCAGAUGUGAGGAGCCACGCAGAGCCUCCUCAGACGAGCGCCUGAACCCGCUGCAGCGGCUCAUCCUGAAGAGGUACAGCGACCUGGACUACGACAGCUUCGUGGGUCUGAUGGGACGAAGAAGCUCAGACGCCGAGGACGUGGAGACCCCAGAGAAACGGGAAAUGCACGACAUCUUCGUGGGCCUGAUGGGGAGGAGGAGCUCCGACGCAGGUGACCCGCGUGUCAUGGUGCGACCGUCCCCAGACCAAGCCUCCUGGAGGAGCCAGGCGGCCCAGAGGCCAAGCGUCUACCUCAACAGGUGCCGACUCAGGUUCCUGCAGGGCCUCUAGAAGAGCCUCCCGACUGCCAGAAGCCGCCCGUUGCUCUCUCACCUUGUUGUGCGUCGUCGUUGAAAAUAAACCAUUUUCUA